AUGCCAUUUCAUACAGAUCUUCACCAGCACUACGUGCAGGCUUGCCAAAACUUGGGACAACCUGAAAACCCUUCAAUUGCUCAUGUGCUUCAGGAAGCUGAUACAAAUGAUAAAAUCAGCUGGACAGAAGGGAUGACACUAAAAAUAGCUGGAAAGAAUCAUCUUGUGCCUGUGCAGAAAGUUACAGAUGAUGAUCUUCAAGUUCUUACCUCUGUCUUAUGCAAUACUCUCUUAGUCACAGGUUUGGAUCUUAGGUAUAAUGCAUUGACUGAUGCUGGAGCAAAGCACAUAGCAACAAUCCUCCAGGAAAACUACACUCUGAAACACCUUAACCUGAUGUUGAAUGAUAUUGGCACAAGUGGAGCAGAGCUGAUAGCCAGAGCACUCCAUAGCAACAAAACUCUUGUGUAUUUGAGAAUGACUGGAAACAAAAUAGGAAACAAAGGUGGAAUGUUCUUUGCUUCAAUGCUGCAAAUUAAUUCAACCUUAGAGAAGCUGGAUCUUGGAGACUGUGAUGUGGGUACCCAGUGUCUAAUAGCAACAGCCAUUGCCCUGAAUCACAACAAAUCAGUCAAAGCAAUAAACCUAAAUCGUCCUCUGCUGUACAGUCAGGAGGAAGAGACCACAGUUCAUCUAGCUCUGAUGUUGAAAAAUAAGUCUCCUCUUGUGGAACUACAUCUGUGCAAGCAUGAAAUGAAAAACUUUGGUGUGGAGAGACUGUGUGAGGCAUUGUAUGAAAACUCCAGCCUGAGAUACCUCGACCUUGGCUGCAAUAAAAUAACCCGUGAUGGUGCAAAAUUUUUGGGAGAGCUACUAAAACGGAACCAAACCUUGGCAAUCCUGGAUCUCCAGGCAAACAGAAUAGAAGAUGAUGGAGCCAUCUACCUGAGUGAAGCUUUGGCUUCCACCAACAGGACUCUGCAGGCGUUGUCUGUGGUAAGCAACAAUAUAACUGGCAAAGGACUUGUAGCUCUUUCAGGUGCAAUGAAAAUAAACAUGGCACUUUCCUAUAUUUACAUCUGGGGGAACAAAUUUGAUGAACCCACCUGCACGGCAUUUUCAGAGUUAAUCCACUCAGGUCGCUUGAGCUCUGACUGUACAGAUGUGGAACCAUAUGAAGUGGAUGGGCAUUUUCACCUUGCAGAGCUCUCCCAUGGCCUUCAGAAGCACUACUACUGGACGCCAAGCAUGGGAGGUGAUAACAAAGGUGCUAAUGCCAGUCUGGCAAUUGUAGCAGUUUCAGAAUACAUGUGA